AUGGGCUGUGGUCAUUAUAUUGGCCAAGAAUAUACAAAUGCACAACAACUUUCUUCUUCGAUUAACAAAGCUUAUCAAGUAUUGAAGGAACCUCUUUUAAGAGCUAAAUAUAUACUUCAUUUGAAUAACAUUGAUAUAUCAGAAUCAGAAUCUGUACAAGAUCCACAAUUGUUGAUGGAAACUUGGGAGUCAAGAGAGAAAUUGGAGGAAGCCGAAAGUGAAGAUGAAGUGAAAUCGAUCAAAUUAGAAUGUGAUGAUUUAUCGGAUGCUUUUAAUGCAAAAGAUUUCGUUAGAGCUAAAGAAUUAACUAUAAAGUUGGAAUAUUGGAAUAUCACUCAAAAAGCAACAAUUAAUUGGUCACCAGGAAAAAAAUCCAAAUUCCAUCAUUAA